UUUACAGAAAAAUCUAAAUACAAUUAACUAAACUUGAAAUCGCGCUAGCAUUUUCUUUAGUGUGAACUGAUAUACAUUCCAGUCAUAUUCCAAUAAUAAAACACCUAAAAAAGAUGCACUCAAUCAAAUAUUCUUAGAUGAUAUUGUUUUUAUUAGUGUGAAAAAAUGUUCAAAUUAUUCCUUUUGGUUUCGCUUGUGAUUGAAGUGUUUGGUGAUGACAAAAACGUAUCUUUUUCUAAAGAUGAUUACAAAUGUUCACUACCUGAUGUGACAAGUGUGGAUGAUAAUUUAGAUCUAACAAGAUUUAGAUCAGAUUUUUCUAAAAUAUCAGAGGUAAAAUUUCCUGGUUUGAUUGGACCACUGAAUGAAAGACUCAUUUGUAAAAUCAAAUGUAUAGAUGGGAACUGGGUUGGACCUUUAUGUUCAACAACCCCAGAUGGGAGAUUUCAACCAAUAUUAAGGGAGUGCCUCUAUAAAAAUGACAAUCCAUUGCUGGCAAUCUCAUUUAAAAAUGAAUCAGUUUUGAUAGACACAUACUUUCCCCACGGAUCCAUAAUAACGGCGAGGUGUAAACAUUUCGGCCUGUACAAAAUAAAAGGAGACAAUGUUGUGCGGUGUGAGAACGGGAUCUGGUCAACAAAAAUGCCAACAUGUGUACCUACAUCAAUUCUCACAAAUUUUACAGCCGGAGCCCCUCCUACUAUACAAUAUAUUGCUGUAACGGGGUCAGCUAUCGUGGAAUCGACGGGUGAGCUGUAUGUGUACCCUGGGAGCACCGUGUGGUUGGACUGCCUCUGGCCGAGGGCUUUGGGCGAACCAGACUGGAGUUGGACCCAAUCUUCUAACCAUAUCUCUGACUGGGCCACCGACGCUGGGGAGGUGGACCUACACUACCGACUGACACUGACCAAGGUGUCAGCCCGCCAUAACGACAAUUUCACGUGCACCUCUCCUACCGGACACACUAAUACUAUCACUAUUAAAGUUGUUAAUAUAGUGUGUCCUGUGCUAAACGUGUCUUCGUCGCACGUACACCAGUUUGCUCAGGGCACUCGGCUCGGCAACGCGGUGCAUUUUAGCUGCCAGCCGGGCUACCAUCUGAACGGAUCCUCGGUGGUCUACUGUAUGGGCGACGGUCGGUGGUCGUCGUAUCCGCCGACGUGCGUGGAGACGUUCUGUCCGACGCUCCGCUCGCUCGGGCCGCAGCUAAGCGUCGUCGAGUACAACUCGUCGUUCGGCGGGCGAGCGGUGUUCGCGUGCGCGUGGGGCUACCGCCUCGUGGGGACGCCGGGGCUCGAGUGCGAGAACGACGGACGAUGGUCUGGCGAGAUACCGCAUUGUAUACCGAUAUACUGUCCGGAUCCGCUGAUACCAGACAACGGGAGGAUUCUGACUCACGCAGCGUCCAAGGACGGGAAAUAUCCUGUGGGCUUCCUGAUUAUAUACACCUGCGAUGAGGGGUACGAAAUUAAUGGAGAGGCGUCCAUCGUGUGCACCGAAAACGGCUUCUGGUCUCAUCCACCACCGUUUUGUUUACUGCCGUCUGACAUCAAAGAAACUGACAUGAUAUACGUAGACAAUACUACCAUGGUACAUGCUGAUGAGUAGAUUAAUGCUGAAAUUGUCUAAAUUUUCGUUAAUCACGUGUGACUACAGCUAAGUAAUUUUGCCGGGUUAUCACAAGCUUUUCGACUACCAUUAACUUGACGUAUCCCGACCGAAUAAUGUUGGUCCAUCAUCUGCUUCUGAAUCAAUUUCUCAGAUGGUACAAUAACAUUGUUAUGUGUCUCAUUCACUUUAUAGUACCUGUGUGGAGUUUUAUACAACAAAUUGUAACGUGCGCACCUUUGCCAUACUAGUAGGGGAGGCCAGGGUACUAUUCGAGCGUCAUGGAGACCUACUAGGUUUUUUACAUUAGGUAAAAUAUAAAAUAAAAAUAAUAAGAGUGUUUUUUAUAUUAGCGGUGACUUCAGAAACU